ACUUGUGUAAGCUUUUAAUCAAAGCAUAAUAGGCCACGUUUCACAAAAUGGAUGAAUUCGCUGGGAAAUUUCAAAUCCCUUCAACCGUUUGAAUUCGCAGCAACGAAAAGGAAAUUUUCUCGAAAAAAAAUUAACGUAGAGAAUCGAGUUACGAUGAAAUCGUAUAGUAGUAGAUGGUUAUGCUUGAUAGUUUUAUUGAUUUCAGUUCAAUCACAAGUUUCUUUGGGAUCUCAGGGGACGGAUGAAGCAUACGUAACUCUAUUGUACGGAGAUGAAUUCUUACUGGGCGUUCGAGUUCUCGGGAAAUCGAUACGUGACACGGGAUCCAAGAAAGACCUGGUUGUUUUGGUCUCAGACGGUGUCUCUGAUUAUGCAAAUCACCUUCUCCAGGCUGACGGGUGGAUAGUUGAGAAGAUUAGUUUGCUGGCAAAUCCUAAUCAAGUUCGUCCAAAGAGAUUUUGGGGUGUCUAUACGAAGCUCAAAAUAUUUAACAUGACUAACUACAAGAAAGUUGUUUAUCUUGAUGCCGACACCAUUGUGGUUAAAAAUAUAGAAGAUCUUUUCAAAUGUGGAAAAUUCUGUGCUAAUUUAAAGCAUUCUGAGAGGUUGAAUUCGGGAGUCAUGGUGGUGAUGCCAUCUGCUACCGUUUUUAAUGACAUGAUGAGCAAAGUAAACACUCUGCCAUCUUACACCGGAGGGGAUCAGGGGUUUCUCAAUUCAUAUUACCCUGGAUUUCCCAAUGCACAUAUUUUUGAGCCAAAUUUGGCCCCAGAAAUUUUGGAUACUAGACCAGUUCCUGAAAUGGAGCGACUUUCCACACUUUAUAAUGCAGAUGUUGGUCUUUACAUGCUGGCUAACAAGUGGAUGGUAGAUGAGAAUGAACUCCAUGUGAUUCAUUACACACUAGGUCCUCUUAAGCCUUGGGACUGGUGGACAUCUUGGCUUGUGAAACCAGUUGAUGUCUGGCAGAAUGCAAGAGAAAAGCUGGAGGAAUCCCUUCCUGGAACUGGAGGGGGAAGAAAUCCUAAAGACAAUUUUCUUGUGAAGUUUCUUUUUCUGCUACCAUUUUGUGCUGUACUCUUCUGCUGCUAUCGUUCAAUUUUGAAGAAUCAGGGGUACUGUGGUUCCUGUUGUAGAAACUCACUCUGUGAUCAUGUCAGACACUUUUGUUAUAGGAUUAAAUCAGGGGGCCCACUUGCAUAUACUACCAUUUCUACUUCAACUAUCAAUUCCCCUCACCAGAUCUUAAAUGGUGCUCAAUACAAGGUGCCUGCAUAUUUGGGCGGCACUUCUGUCUGCAUCUGUUUUACGGCUGCAGUGGUGUCUCUUGGAUUAUCUCUCUUGAUUGUACCUCGACAAGUAACUCCAUGGACUGGUUUGCUUUUGAUGUAUGAAUGGACAUUCACAAUCUUCUUUAUAUUAUUUGGAGGUUAUAUCAAAUUGAUUUAUCACUGGGGAAAGAGCAUGGCAUCACAAACAACUUCCUCUUUGUCUCAUCCUGAAUCUUCUGAUGAGGAAUCUGGAAAACUUCAUCAGCGUCAGAUGUCAUCAUGUGAUGUUGCUACAUGGUUCUAUGGAUUAGGCAUGGCCUUCUUGGCCAUUGCUGCUCCAUCUUUGCCUUUUCUGUUUGGGAUCACCGCUUUGUUUUUACGGUUAGGUUUGAUGGUUGUUGGGGGCAUAAUAUUAGCAUCUUUCGUGACAUACGCCUCUGAACAUCUUGCUAUCAGAUCAUUUCUGAAAGGGCUGGAAGGGAGGGAGGUUGCACGAAAUGCGAGUUCUGUUGUUGAUUGAAUUCUUGGAAGUGAUGUAAACUAUGGUAGAUUAAUUUUCUAUUUAUUUUUAUUUCAUUAAAAUAUGCGUCAUUGAUCUAUAUGAUCGGGAUAAGUUGCCAGAUACCACCGUUACCUGUCAAUCUUUUAUCAUGUGUUGGACUGGUAAUGCAAAGCAUGGGAUCUGGCCGAAGAAAAUUUUAGGAAAAAAAAUAUUGAAAUUGCUUUUGAUAAAACCCAGUAACAUUUAAUUCGUCUAUCUAGCUCGUGUUGAGACUUGUGGUUAUUGUUGUAUUCAAAUAACAUGUAGCGUUGUCCUGAUGACAAAUGUAAUACUAAAAUUUUGUCCGUGAAGUAUAUUGUAUUUUUACUAGUUUCCAGU